UUGUUCAUUCAAUAAAUAUUACUGCAACUAUUCAUUCUCUAUCCUCUUUCACCAUAUUCAACAAUCAACCCUAUUCUGAUCGGAAUUCAUAUCGUCAAAUCCACCCCAAAAUUUUUCUUUCAUUCAAUUAAUCCAAAAUUCCCCCUACUCAAUCGAUCAAUCAAUCAAUCUAAGGAUAAUCGCACCUCCAUCUCUAAUUUCUACUGUUGUGGGACUCAUUUGGUGAUUGUGGAUCCACAAAUAUGCAAUAAUUCUUUACUUGAAGCCUUAUUACUCCGACAAUUUUAGGAUACACUGCUUUUCUGAAUAGUUGUUAUGAAAAGUGCAUGAAGGCUUGCCAUCCGAUUUGUUAUAAGUAUAAAGUCAACUAAAGAUAUUGUUUUGUGUCAUUUGCUAAUUCAGAACGUUAUAAGAUUCAGACCCUGUGUUUUAAGGAUCUGAAGCUGCCAGUAAAAGAGAAAUCUCAGUGCCUUUUAGCGUAAUAUAUCGCAGUGCACAUAAAAUGGCUAGUAGGAAAAGAAGCAUAUCAAAUGACUCAGAUGUGUCUCAUCUGUACAAGGAAUUGGAUGAAGCCUUAUGUCCCAUAUGCAUGGACCACCCCCACAAUGCUGUUCUUCUCAUUUGCAGUUCCCAUGAUAAAAGUUGUCGCUCGUACAUAUGUGAUACUAGCUAUAGGCAUUCAAAUUGUUUGGAUCGUUAUAAACAACUGAAAGAGGCAAAUGUAGACAACUUAUCUGCAACUAGUUUGGUACCUGAAAGUAAUCAUGAUUCUGUUUUGAGUGGGAAUUUGGACUUGACAGUGACGACAAAUCAUGCAAAUGACACCCAGACACAAACUAGCUCUAUGGGACACACGGGCAUGCCUCAGGGAGAUUCGGGUGGUCACAAUAUCCACAAUGCUAAUCCUAGUUAUGGCGAACAAGGAGGAGGAGUUUUGGAAAACCUUGAUAAUGGGGAACCCAACAUGGAGAAUUCUGAAGAAGUGUCGAAUCUGAGAUGCCCUCUAUGUCGUGGGAAGGUUUUGGGUUGGAAAGUUAUUGAGGAGACUAGAAAGUACCUCAACCUAAAGACUAGAAGUUGCUCUCAUGAAUCAUGUUCAUUCUCUGGUAGUUACAGAGAGCUGCGUAGGCACGCAAGAAGAGUUCAUCCAACAGUGCGCCCGGCUGAUGUCGACCCAUCUAGACAAAGAGCAUGGCAUCGCCUUGAAGGUCAGAGGGAAUACAAUGAUAUUGUUAGUGCAAUUCGUUCUGCCAUGCCAGGUGCUGUUGUCUUCGGUGACUAUGUGAUUGAUGGUGGAGAUAGGCUUUCUGGUGAAAGUGACAGAAAUGGAGGUGGUGGUGAGGGUAGCCGGCUGUUAAGCACCUUAUUCUUGUUUCAAAUGUUUGGUUCGCUGGAACCUGGAGCUGAGCCAAGAGGUGGCCGGUCAAGGCAGUUUGCAAGACAUCGCCGAGCUACUGGAAACUAUCCCAGGCGUCGCUAUCUCUGGGGUGAAAGUCUGUUGGGCCAUCAACAUAAUGAGGAUGAAGACGAUGGCGAGGAUCGUGAUACAGACCUUAAUAUACUGACCGAUCUUAAUGAUAGUGCCCCUCCAAAUCCUAGACGACGUCGGCGUCUGGCACGCACAACACGUGCCGAGCCGGAUGGAGGUCAACAAUAGGGAAGCAAGUGUCUUGUCUUGUCUCGUCUGACCUGAUUCACGACCAAAAUGUGCCGGAUCCACCUCAGAAUAAUCAACGUGGCGAUUGCGUUAUCUCUGGGCUUGUUUGUAUAUAAAUGUGGUUUUCCCACAUGAUUUGGAAAGAAUAAUCAAGAUCAUCUUUUGUUUUCAUUCUUUUCAGCUUGCUGAUAAUGUGUGAUCUUUCUCUAUCCUUUUAUCUUACACUGGAUUGGUAUUAUAACCUUUCAGCAAGCAUUUGUAUCACUUGAAAUGUCAAUUUUCUCUUCCUUAAA